GACCGUAUCAUUUUUGCUUGCUUUUCCAUUAACGUCUCCAUCGUACACACGAUCAAAGAACACACUAUCAUUUUUGCUUCAGAACACUACUUCUGCGCGCUAGACAAAAUGAGUUGGGAAACGAUAGCCAAGGACAAGAAGCGCCGUAUUGAUGAGUCCAUUCCAACGGAAUGGCGCAUUAAGAUACCCGCGUACGAUGGCUCGAUGCUAAAUUUCCCCAAAGACAGCGGCAUCAUGACCCUGGAAGAACUUGUAAUUACCGAAUCUUCCGCAACUGAACUGGUCAACAAGAUGGCAGCGGGAGAGCUGACAUCUGUCGCCGUCACGACUGCGUUCUGCAAGAGAGCUGCGCUCGCUCAACAAUUGGUUAACUGCGCGCACGAGUUCUUCCCGGAGAUGGCCCUCAAGAGAGCCAGCGAGCUAGAUGAAUACUUUGCCAAGAACAAGACGACCGUGGGGCCUCUCCACGGGUUGCCCAUCUCAUUAAAGGACCAACUCAGAAUCAAGGGCCUUGAAACCACCAUGGGCUACACAGCUUGGGUGGGCAAGUAUGAUGAGGAAGAUUCGGUUCUAACUAGCCUUCUACGCAAAGCUGGAGCCGUCUUCUACAUCAAGACCAGUGUCCCUCAGAGUCUUAUGGUAUGCGAGACUAUCAACAAUAUCAUCGGGCGAACCUUGAAUCCCCGGAACAAGAACUGGUCUUGUGGAGGCAGUUCCGGAGGAGAGGGCGCUUUGGUUGGUUUCCGUGGAAGUCUCAUCGGCGUUGGCACUGAUAUCGGUGGCUCCAUUCGGGUCCCAUCUGCGUUCAACUUUCUCUACGGCCUGAGACCCAGUCACGGGCGUCUGCCCUACGCAAAGAUGGCCAACAGCAUGGAAGGACAGGAAACCGUUCAUUCCGUUUGCGGACCCCUUGCGCACUCGGUGGAGGACAUGAGACUCUUCGUGACUUCUGUGCUAGCGGAACAACCCUGGGAGUUUGACUCCAAGGUGAUCCCGAUGCCAUGGCGGCAGGCCGAAGAAGAUGCCAUCAAGACCAAGAUUUCAUCCAAGGGCUUGACUUUGGGCUUCUACAACUGCGAUGGAGUGGUCCUCCCUCACCCUCCCAUCCUUCGCGGUGUGCAGACAGUUGUCGACAAACUGAGGGAAGAAGGCCACACGGUUGUUCCCUGGGAACCAUACAAGCACUCGUAUGCUGUAGAUCUCCUCAACAAGAUCUACGCCUCGGAUGGCGGAACAGACGUGUUUGAGACGCUGAAGGUUUCUGGCGAGCCCGACAUCCCCAAUUUUGCCGAUUUGAUAAAUCCGUCCCUACCCAAGCUGGACAUGAACGAGCUCUGGAGCGCAAACCUCAAGAAGUGGGAUUACCAGCGCGAAUACUUGACUGCCAUUCGAACCCUGGAAGAGAAGCUUGGCAAGCAGCUGGAUGCCAUCAUAGCGCCCAUCACACCCACGGCAACCAUCCGGCACGAUCAGUUCAAGUAUUACGGGUAUGCGAGUGUGAUCAACCUGCUCGACUUCACGAGUGUUGUUGUGCCAGUUACUUUUGCCGACAAAGCUGUCGACGUUAAGAAUGAGUCUUUCAGUCCCCUAACAGAUAUUGACAGCACGGUUCAAGCAGAAUACGAUCCGGAGGCCUAUCAUGGCGCACCAGUUGGCGUGCAAAUUAUUGGACGAAGACUGACGGAGGAACGCACCAUGGCGAUAGCUGAGGAAAUUGGUAAAUUGCUUGGGAAUGAAACCUCAUAG